AUGAAUCACACCACACAUCUCCUCUUCAUUCUCAUCUCAAUCACAUCCCUCCUCCGUUCCACAGCCGCUGCACUAAUAAACACAACCGCCGUGUACGCCUUCGGCGACGCCAUAUUCGACACCGGCAACAACAACGGCCUCCGCACCAUCUGCCGCGCGGACCACCCGCCCUACGCGGCCGAGCUCCGCGACACCAUCUCCUUCGGCAGAUUCUCCAACGGCAAGCUCCCGGCCGACAUCCUCGUCCACGACCUCGGCCUCAAGCCCCUCAUGCACCCGUAUCUCAACAUGCAAACCGCCCCGCGCGACGCCCUGCAGACCGGCGUCAGCUUCGCCUCCACGUGCUCGGGCCUCGACGACCUCACGGCCGAUGAGGUCGGGGUGCUCACCAUGACGGCGCAGUACAGGAACUUCGAGGCGGCAGGGGAGACCAUGAGGCUAGACAUUGGCGAUGGUCCCACGGACGACGUACUUAAGAACGCUGUGUAUUUGAUCUCCGGUGGAACUAAUGACAUGUUGGAUAACUAUUACGCCAUUCCGAUCAGAAGAUUGAUGUAUUCUGUGUCUGCCUAUCAUGAGUUCUUGCUCGGAAAUCUUAAAGAUUUUGUCAAGAAAUUGUACAAGAGGGGUGCAAGAAGAGUAGGAGUUCUGGGGAUGCCACCGGUGGGAUGCUUACCGCUCGACAUCUCAACCAAAUUCGGGUUCAAACGUGAGUGUGUGAGUCAGCAUAACGCAGAUGCAACGCAAUUCAACGAUAGGCUUCAGCAAUACAUCAAUCAAUUUGUGACUGAAAUGCCACAACUGAAAAUUGCUUAUGUUGAUAUCUAUAAUCCUAUGAUGGAUAUGAUCAACAACCCUAGCAGAUAUGGAUUCGAGCACACACUCGAGGGAUGUUGUGGAAGUGGCUCGUGGGAGCUAGGGCCUUUUUGUAGUAAGUAUGCUCGAGUUUGCACAAAUGCAUCGCAAUAUUUAUUUUGGGACUCUAUUCAUCCAACUCAAGCUGCUUAUGAGAUUCUCACCAAAAUAUUCAAAGAGACUUCACUUUCUAGUCUAUUGGUUUAACUAAUUACAUAAAUUAUCUUAGUAUGAUUUUGUUAGUUAGUUAGUUGUUCUAGCUAGUUAGAGUCUUUUUUAUUUUCAUCGGGUCAUUUUGCGGAUCAUUAAUUGUUUUCCAUUUAUCCUCUUGAUGAUUCGACUGCUAACCCGAAUAUGAAGGAAAAACGUUUUAUUAACUAAGCUGCACAUCAUUGGUA